AUGAGCCAUGCUUCCGGUCGUUUCCCACACCACAACAACGACCGGAUCUCGGAACCCGCCCUUUUGCUCCUGCCCGAGCUUGGAAUUGACGCAGACCCGACUGACCCGGGGCAACCCGAGUUGAAGGAGAAGGUCGGUUUCAGCAUCGAGGAGCAGAUAUCACGACCCGCAACCAGCACCCACGACAACCUCGGCGAUCCGGAUAGUGACCGCGGUUAUGGCUACGACCCCGGGUCGGCCCGUCGGGCCCUUUGCUUCCGAGGGCGAAGGAGCCCCCCGGGCGAGGAGUUUUCCUUUCGUCGAUGCAGCGGUGCGGGACCAAGAUGGCUACAUGUUGGGUCCCAGGUUGCGGAUUUUCGUACGGUUUCCAUGAAGGAGGGCGUGCGUCUGACUCCCGACCUGGAUCACGUCGAAAAACUGGUCCCUUCACAACAAUCGCCCGCAUCAGCCUGCGCGCAAACGCAACAACAACCACAACAGCAACCGCAACCGCAACCGCAACAGCAACAGCAACCAACACAAGUAAGCAACAACAAUAGCGACAGCGACAGCUACAGCAACAACCCGCUCCUACGCCGCUCGUCGACGACGACCGCCGCACCAUUCCACAACGAAAUCACACACCCUUUUGAACCAGAGUUCUCUUACCACACCACCCUCCCCAUGUCUCAGCUCGAAGGAGCACGUCCAACUCACGGCGACGUGAGUUGGGUCUUCAACCAGAUGUCCACACGCAAAUCAUCGCCCCAGGCCUACUCUCCGCUGGACGUUUCUUCACAGCAGGAAGACCUCGGAGAGUUGGCCUGGACGGAGCCGCCUUUUUCCAUGCCUGCCCCGGCAGACAUGCGGCAGCUCCCGGUCACCCCACAAAUGGAUCUACCGCUGGACAUGCCCUUCCCGGAUCUUUCCGGCAUGACAAUGACCCAACUCCCGUUCCCGACAAACGACGCGUUUCUCUGCGCGCCGCAGUUUGACCACUACGAAGUCCCCGAUUUGGACGCCAUGGGCACGCUUGAGGACCUCGACGCCCAACUCAUGCAGGUCCUCGACAUGGAUCUCCCCGCCGACUUCCCCGUCCAUCCGUUGGUGUUCCCCGACGGCCCCAUGGCGCUCAACCCAUUUAACUUCGCGGAGCCCCUUCCCCUCCUGGACCCUACACCAUCCCUCCUCUCCAGCACUCGCUCAAGUCCUGAGAUGUACUCUCCGCCCGACCAGCCACUACCCUACACACCCAUGUCCCCAACGCUUCCCAACCUCAUCCCUAUCCUGCCUCGCGUCGCAGGCCAACAAACACCCUCACCCACAACCACCAACCCCCCACAGCUACCACUCCCAGCAACCACAAACCCGACCUCGACCCCAACCUCAACAACCCCCCAAGCACCACGAACCACCCCACGCCCAGGCCGCUUCCACUGCCCCUUCCAACUCGACUCAACCUCUCCCUUGCCUAUCCCCAGCGAUCUCUCCACCCUCACCCCGCGCUGCACCCAACCCUUCAAAGACGCCCGCAUGCUCAACCGCCAUCUCAGGGCAAAGCACCGCGCCUACGCUGAAGCGCACAACAUCCCGUCUGAGAAGGCAAGGUGCACGGUGUGUGGAAUGGAGGGGAGGAGGGAUAAUAUAGAGAGGCAUAUGGAGACGCAGCAUGGGAUUGGGGGCGCGGGGACGGAUACUGGGGCGGGGAAAGGGGGGAAGGGGAAGGGGUCUAAGGGGAGAAGGAGGAAGUGA